AUGCCUCCAGCUCGUAAGGGAAAGGUCAAGGAGGAGCAGCCCGUGGUCGUGCUUGGACCACAAGCUCGAGAGGGCGAGAAGGUCUUCGGAGUCGCUCACAUUUUUGCUUCCUUCAACGAUACUUUCGUCCAUGUUACCGAUUUAUCAGGCCGUGAAACGAUUUGCCGAAUUACCGGUGGAAUGAAAGUCAAGGCUGAUCGUGACGAGUCCUCGCCUUACGCUGCUAUGUUGGCCGCUCAGGAUGUUGCUGAACGAUGCAAACAGCUCGGAAUCAACGCUCUUCACGUGAAACUUCGUGCUACAGGAGGAACUCGUACCAAGACUCCAGGACCAGGAGCUCAAUCGGCUCUUCGUGCCCUUGCUCGCAGUGGUAUCAAGAUUGGACGAAUCGAAGAUGUGACACCAAUUCCAUCGGACAGCACACGAAGAAAGGGAGGACACAGAGGUCGUCGACUU